AUGGUGGCCGCAAAGAAAACCAAGAAGACCCAUGAGUCUAUCAACAACAGACUCGCUCUUGUGAUGAAGAGUGGGAAGUACACAUUGGGUUAUAAAACUGUUCUCAAAUCUCUCAGGAGCUCCAAAGGGAAGUUGAUUAUCAUUGCUAACAAUUGCCCACCAUUGAGAAAGUCUGAAAUUGAGUACUAUGCUAUGUUGGCGAAGGUUGGAGUUCACCACUAUAAUGGAAACAAUGUGGAUCUCGGAACUGCUUGUGGAAAGUACUACAGAGUGUGCUGUCUCAGCAUCGUUGAUCCUGGUGAUUCUGAUAUCAUCAAGUCUCUUCCUGGAGAUCAAUAG